UUAUGAAGCAGCAGCUUCGCAGUCUUUUCUAGGUAUUAUCCCAACUCGGUAGCCCUUAUGCUCGUCUCCAACUGCUAGAUCUUGACUCUAGGAAAGCAAAAAAGCAGAGCACAGAAAACAUGGGUAAUCUGCUUGGUUGCAUACAAGUUGAUCAAUCCACAGUAGCUAUCAAGGAGAGAUUUGGCAAGUUUGAGGAAGUGCUUGAGCCAGGAUGCCAUUGCUUGCCUUGGUGCUUUGGGAGUCAGCUUGCUGGCCAUCUUUCACUUAGGUUGCAACAGUUGGAUGUGCGUUGUGAGACCAAGACAAAGGACAAUGUGUUCGUCAAUGUUGUUGCUUCUAUACAAUAUCGUGCCCUGGCAGAUAAGGCAAAUGAUGCUUUUUACAAACUCAGCAAUACAAGGUCCCAGAUCCAGGCUUAUGUUUUUGAUGUUAUUAGAGCAAGUGUUCCAAAGCUCAAUCUGGACGAUGCAUUUGAGCAAAAAAAUGAAAUUGCUAAAUCUGUGGAAGAUGAACUUGAAAAGGCUAUGUCUGCCUAUGGGUAUGAGAUUGUACAAACACUCAUUGUUGAUAUAGAACCAGAUGAGCAUGUGAAGCGAGCAAUGAAUGAAAUCAAUGCUGCUGCAAGAAUGAGGGUGGCAGCCAAUGAGAAGGCGGAGGCUGAGAAAAUUUUGCAAAUCAAGCGUGCAGAGGGUGAGGCUGAGUCCAAGUAUCUAUCAGGGCUUGGUAUUGCUCGUCAGCGUCAAGCAAUUGUUGAUGGCUUGAGAGACAGUGUGCUAGGCUUCUCAGUCAAUGUUCCAGGCACCACUGCAAAGGAUGUGAUGGACAUGGUCCUCGUCACACAGUACUUCGACACCAUGAAGGAAAUUGGUGCUGCUUCUAAAUCCUCAGCUGUGUUCAUCCCCCAUGGACCUGGAGCUGUUCGCGAUGUGGCUACUCAGAUUCGUGAUGGACUUCUUCAGAGUACCCUCUCACAUCAGUAAUUGUGUCUUAUGUUUACAAGGCUUUUUCUAUUUUUUGGCUUUUCACUGAAACAACUUUGAUGUGAAGUUUAUGUUCAUGUUGAUCUUCAGGGUGUUUAGUGUGGUUUGGUUUUAUUUCAUGGUCAGUGCAAUCUGUCCAUGGCUAUUAUUGUACAUAUGAACUCAAAGAUUUGUCACAUGAGCUGUAUACUUGAAUUUGAUUUUAAACUUUGAGAGAUUUCUUAAUGCUAAUGCUAGUUUCUCCUGCAAGAAUAUAUUGGAUAUUGGUUUC